UGAUAUCAUUUUGUUUUGACAUGUUCCUCUUUAAAGAAAGAAAUGAAUAGCUGACAAUUACAGAUGGCUUUUACUAACACCUGAAUACUUCACCUGAAACUUUCCAAUCCAUCUCUUUCACAUCUUAUCACCAUUGCUUCACCUCCGAUUCCUAAUCUUGAGAUUCUAUCUCUUCUUCUCUCUCUUAGACAAACCAACAAGACUUGUAUUUCUUACCUUCGUGGGUUUAUAUAUUUUUCAAAUCUUGAGAUGUCUUACAGUGAUCCAAACCAAAACCCAAUUCCAGAAACGACUAAUGACACGAACUCGACUGAAGCCGUGCAACAAUUCAAACUGUACCACGCUCUCAUCUUCUCCAUUCCCAUUUGUUUCACAUUUAUCGUCCUCUUUGUCUUCUACGUCAUUUAUCUACGUCGACGAAGCAGCAGCGUCGACUGGUCUUCUCUUGGAAUGCGUGGCGGUGGUAGCUUUGUUUCCACCAACAAUCUCUCAAAGGCUGAAUUAGGGCUGAGCAAAGAAUUGAGAGAGAUGCUUCCCAUUGUCAUCUUCAAAGAGAGUUACUCAAUCAAUGACUCACAAUGUUCAGUGUGUCUUGGGGACUACCAGGCAAAUGAGAAGCUUCAACAAAUUCCACCAUGUGGGCACACUUUUCACAUGGACUGUAUUGAUCUUUGGCUCACUUUGCACACAACUUGCCCUCUUUGCCGUCUCUCUCUUAUCCCAAAAUCUUCUCUAGACAGGUCCCAGCAGAACCUAGAGACUGUCUCCUCCAUCAGUAACUCUGAUGGAGGAGGAGCUUCAGCUCAACCAGAGUCCCAGUUAGUAGGCGAAAUAGUAAGUCACAUCGAUGAUGGCCAAGAAGGUGACAACGAUUGUACAUAGGUUUCCGCAGAAGCAGAAGAGAAUGACCAAACCAGCACAGGGAGAUCUGAUGCUUGUUGUAACUGCAUACUUGGUUUAAAAGCACAAAAACGUUGCCUUUUGAUUAUGUUUUGGUACAUUAUAAACGGGACUAUAUGUUGUUUUUCUUGAAUCUGUGACUUGUAACCUCGUGGAAGUGAAGUGAGAACAUGAUUCAUCGAAAAAUGGUGACUUUUUGAUGCAA